AUGAACGAGCUAUAUAAGAAGUAUAAGUUUAUGGAGGCCUAACUCGUCCGUGGUCGUGACAGUCUCAAAGUCAAACUUCCAGAUAUCAAGAAAACUCUCGAAGCUGUUAAGCUAUUACAAGAAAAGCACGCAGAGGAAGAUGAGGAGAAGCGAUCAUUACAAACUAACUUCUUGAUUUCAGAUAAUAUUUGGGCAAAAGCAAAAGUUGCUAAUGAUACUGGCAAAGUAGGACUAUGGUUAGGCGCUAAUGUGAUGGUUGAGUAUACUUUCGAUGAGGCUAUAAUUAUUCUCGAGAAAAAUUUAGGUAAUGCCAUUAGCAGACUUGAAUCCACUGAUGGAGAUAUCGAGUAUUUGAAAGAUCAGAUCACCACCACUGAGGUUAACAUUGCUAGAAUCUAUAAUCAGACAGUUUCCAAUAAAUAGAAGACAGGAUAACAAGAGGAAAAGAAGCAAUGA